UAGAGUAAAUUUUCAAGAACACCGUGUAAAAAGUGUGGGAAUCUAGCUGCAUAGUCGCCAAUUAUUUAACAAUAAUAUGUUCAAGAAACCUUUUAGAAUUAAAUCUCAAACUUCUAUGAAAGGAUCAGAUAGAAAGAAGCUUAGAUUGGAGAUACAGAAGAACUUUCAUGGUUUAGAUAGUGAAACAGUUUCUGACAUCAUUCCCAGCAAAGAGGAAGUAACCAUAGUGAAGAUAUACACACAUGCUGGUGAUAAUGCCUACAUCUAUUGUGUUAAUAAACAGCCUAUCCUGUUUGAGGUGGAUAAACAAAAAGUGCAAUAUCCUACAGUUUACCUGUUGUGGAGAUAUCCAGAUUUAAUUGAAAGAUUUACAACAUGGCCUCCUGUGUUAAAAAAACUUACAGACGGAGCAGAUUUGAUGUUGCCAGGUGUGAUUGUACGUGGACAGUUAACUCCAGCCACAUUUAAACACAUAGAGAAAGGUCAAAUCUGCUCUGUUAAUAUCUAUGGAAAUAGAUGUCCUGUAGGAGUAGGUCAAACACUACUGUCAGGUAGUGACUUCUUUGACUCUGGUAUGAAGGGGAAAGGCAUUCAUCCCAUUCAUCUAUUAGGAGAUGAGUUAUGGGCAUUUGGGGAUAAAUCCUCACCACCUGUCAUAGAUGAUGAUCCUAUACCUGUAGAGCUAGAGGAGGAGUUGGCUGCUGGAAGUGGAGAAUCAAAAACUACUGUUGCUGGUGACAUUAAUGGAGAGCCAGCUGAUGUAGUGGAUAAUGGAAAUGGAAGUGCUAUAGAUGACACAUCACCAGAUGAUCUUACAGAUAUGUUACCAGAAUCUCAGACCGGGGCAGAAAAAUGUGUUGGUGAUGAUGAAAAAACAGUAGACGGUGCCUCAGGUGGUACAAUAGAUGAAGUUAACAUGGAACAGCUAGAUAUUCAACAACAACCGGAGGAAAAUGAAGAUGAUGUUACAGACGAACCUGCCACUUUAACACCAGAGCAGAUGGACGAACUGCUGCAGUUUUGUUUUUUGUGUGCUGUGAAAAGUUCCUUGAAGAAAUCAGAUUUACCAAUUCCAACUGGUACAUUCUACAAGCAGCAUGUCAUGAAAUACUGCCCAAAAGAUAAGACACUUGACAUAAAGAAGUCCACCUACAAAAAGUUAUCUAAAUUCUUGCAAAAGCAAGCAAAGACUGGUAUUGUAAAGGUAAAAGAAUUGGCUAAAGGUGUAGACAGCAUUACAGAAAUAGACAAAUCUCACCUGUCUUUACGAGGAUUUGAAGUACCAGAAAUUACUGAAGAGGAGACAUCUGAAGGGUCUGGUAAUAAGUACACUCCUCCGCAAAUCACUGAAAUGUUCGCAGUCACUGCCAAUACUUUGCCAUUUUACAAAACUCUUGGAUAUAGUAAAGGAAGUGCCUUAAAACCUGCAGAUAUUAGAAAAGUGGUGACCGACUAUGUGAAAACUAACAAUUUACAGAAGGAAGAUUGUAAAAAUGAAGUAUUGUUAGACCCUAUUCUUGCUGAGAUGUUACUGGUGAAAGCAGAGGGGGACAGAUCAACAUUAAAAUGGGAUGAAAUUUACUCCAGGCUGAUAAACAAGAUGACACCAGUAUAUGAAGUGAUAUUUGCGGGUCAACCAGCUGUUAUAAAAAAAGGAAAUGUGGAUCCGAUCAAGAUAGAUGUUGUACAAAGGGCCUCUAAUAAAAAGGCCACAAUUAUAGAGAAUUUAGAUUUGUUUGGUAUAGACGAGAAGACAUUUGCUCAUACAGUACAGGUGAAAGUUGCAUGUAGUGCAUCAGUGGUGCCAUCACCACAGAAAAACAAGGGGCCACAAGUGGUAGUGCAAGGAAAUCAAGUCAAUUUUGUUGUAGAAAUUUUAACAGGAUCAUACAAUAUACCAAAAAAAUAUCUGAAGGGACAAGAGAAAGCUCCAAAAUCUAAACGAAGAUGAUGAUAAACGAAGUAAUGUGUAUAAAUAUGUUAUAAAUCUAGGUGAAAUCAAAAAUAAAAAUAAGUUUAAAGUUA